AGUUUUCGUUCUCGUAGGUGGUGUAUAUUUUUUAUUUGUCAGAUAUUUUUUCUUGAAAUUAAUUCAUCUACAUUUUCAUUCGCAUAAAAUGUUUUUAUUGCUUUAUUUUUACAUUGUACACUAACAUUUAUAAUGAAUAUUAUCAGUGAUAAAUUCACAGAUUGUUGGGUACUUUGUAAAUCUAGAUCAAAUCCAGGAAAACAGUAUUAUUUCAACACAAGGACUCGCGAAUCCUCUUGGAUAAAGCCCAAGGCUGUACAGGAAAAAGAAUCUUGCAGUAAUGUCGCCAUCAAAGUAGAGCCAAAUCGUAAUGGAGAGAAGAACAGAAAAGAACAAGAUCGCAAAUGUUGUAAGAAGUCAAAGAACGAUGUCCAAAAGCAAAAACCUAAACCUCAUAACUCAAUUUCUCAUGGGGGUAGGCAAAAUCACCUAAACAUAAACAAGAACAAAAAUAAAUGUUCACAAUCAUCAAAACCAGCAAAGAAUUUAGCAAAGAACAGGUUAACGAAACUGAGAAUCCAAUUAGCUUUGGAAUUGGAGCAGGAAAAGAAGGGAAAUGUGUCUAAAAGUGAACCGAAAGUUGAAAAGACAAAUAAAGCUGAAACUCCAACGAAAAAUCAAAGAUCUGAACUAAACAGUCCCAAUUUUAAUGAAUCAAAUUGUACUAUCACUUCUCAGCUAAGCAACGAUAGCAGUUUGUCACCUUCACAGUUUUUUGCUGCAAACAAAAUCAUAUCUUCAAUGAAAGCGCAGUUACCGGAAGAGUAUGAUAACAAAGAUGUACAGAAAGACACAUUCGCUGAUAUUGAACAAGGUAUAUGCAGUAAAAUAAUAGGAUACCCAUCAAAUGUACAUCCAUCAACUCCACCGCAGUUUUCUCAAGCUGAUAAACUUUUGUCAGCAAUUAAAUCAAAGCUUGCGUACAAAUUGCCAGGAAAGGAUAAAAGUGAUACCUCGGAAACUGACAGAAUGCAGAUGUUACGAAGGUUGUCAGAUGACAUGGAUGAUACUAGAACUGGAAGACAUAUUGAACAGAUGGAUGUUGAUGAAGGUGUUACUUUAGUUUAUUCAAGGGUGGACGCACACAAGCCUAGCAGCAGCACUUUCAGUGCAGCUCCCAACAUGUUGAAUACAAUACAAACAAACGCUGUAAUAGUUGUUGAUACAAACAUCUUCAUACAUGAUCUGCAUUGCAUCACACAAGUACUCAACUCAAAUAUAAAAGGUUAUACAGAGCAGCCAACCCUGUUGGUGCCAUGGCGUGUGAUCAAUGAACUGGACAAAUUAAAAGACAACAACAACGGCAAUGGAGUAUUGUGCAAGCGAGCUAAAGCUGCUAUGGAUUUUUUGUAUAAAUCACUUCCCGUUGCCAAUAGACUGAAAGGACAAUCGCUUCGUGAUUCAAAUUCUCACAUAUUUCCUUGUGAAGUGCCAGAUGAUGAGAUUCUGAACUGCUGUCUGCAGCAAGCGGAGAGAGGCAAAUCUGUGGUGCUGCUGUCGAACGACAAGAACCUGUGCAGCAAGGCGGUGGUGAACGGCGUGGCGACGUGCGGCGCGGCCGAGCUGAGCGCGCGCGUGUCGCCGGCGCCGCACGCGCACCUCGCGCUGGCCGCGCUCGCCGCCCUCCACCACUGCGACCGCACCAUCUACCAGCUGCUCGCCAAUAUACUAGAGACGGAGAUGCGGGCGCGCUACAAGGCGCUGUGGGAGCACGUGGUGUGCCGGCCGCCGCCCUGGCAGCUGCAGGACGUGCUGUUCGCGCUGCUCAAGCACUGGAUUGCUGUCUUCCACGAGGUCUUCCCCAGGAUCGAGGGUCUGCUCAACGACCUGAAGAAAACAUACAAUCAUAUCAAAAACAAAGAUCCGAAGACGCUUGUGGAAGCAGAAGUGUGUAACUUCAAGGAAUUAUGUAUAGAAGUUGCAAAGAAGUGUCAAAUUAUACCGGAAUAUAUGGAGCUGGCUAAAAACACGGUGGACAGACUUAACAACGUGAGACAGACUCGCGGACAGAAUAAUAUCUCCGUUAUGCAGGCAUUUGAAACUGUAUGGAUAAUAUUCUCUAGUUAUUGUGCGAAGUUGUGCCGCUGCGUGGGCAUUCCCCACAGCAUCGAGGACCGGCUGCCGGCCAACGAGCCCGUGGAGACGCUGCUCAGCAAGUACUCCAUGCUGCGCAACCACAUCAUAUCGUUCAACCACACCAUACAAGGAGUACUGAAUGUGGAUAAUUCAAGUGAACUAUUAGAGGGACGUAUAACUAAUUUGGAGACGGAACUGAAAUCCAGUUUGAACCUGAACGGGGGUGAGAGCGGCGUCAUCUCGCGGGACGAAUUGAACAUCUUUUGUACCAAGAACAGAGAUCUAUUGCAAGACGCUACAGCGAAUCUGUCGACGCUUAUCGAAUUAUUAGACGUUUGCAAAAAUAAUUUUCAUUAAAUUUUUAGAUCUGUGAUUUACUGUACUAUGUAUAUAUGUAUAUAAGCUUGCACAACGCUUAUGUAUUUCUACACAUUCAUACACAUAUAUUUAAAUCAAAAUAUCGUCGGUAAAAAUGGAAAAAAUGGCAUUUUUUCAAAUUUUUCCUAAAUACUGUUA